CAUCUUGACAGACCUGUCAUUUCUUCUCGUGCUUGUUCGCGUUCGUGUUAUAUUGAUUUUAUUUACCGUGGUAUUUUUUGUAAUAUACAUUAUGUGACAAUACAAUUGAAAUCUAAGGUGUUGCUUUCUAUUGAAUCUUGUGAUAGUGGGUGUGUUGAAUUCAGCUAGUUCCAGUAACAUAAAUAAAAGGAUAGCAUCAUGACGACAACGACAGUCCAAAACCAAACGAAAACUAACAAUGCCACUCCAGCCAAACCGCAGAAGAACUAUGGGAAGAUUGUGCUAACCUUAUACAAUUGUCUUCUACCGGAAUCGGCCUUCAAAGAAACGCCAUCACAGGCUGAUGGCCUUGACAUAGAAACCGAGACUGAUUUACGUAUCUUAGGAUGUGAAAUGAUCCAGACGGCUGGAAUUUUGCUCAAAUUGCCUCAAGUUGCUAUGGCUACAGGUCAGAUAUACUUACAAAGGUUUUAUUACUCCAAGUCAUUUGUUAGAUAUCCAAUGGAAGCAAUGGCUAUGGGUAGUAUUUACUUAGCUUCAAAAGUGGAGGAGAAGCCAUGUAGAAUAAGAGAUGUCAUCAAUGUUUUCCAUCACAUCAAGCAAGUGAGGGCACAAAGAACUAUAACACCACUAAUAGUUGAUCAGAACUACAUUGAACUAAAAAACCAAGUUAUAAAAGCAGAGAGGCGUAUUCUAAAAGAGCUAGGAUUCUGUGUUCAUGUGAAACAUCCCCAUAAGCUCAUUGUAGUUUAUUUACAGCUUUUACAAUAUGAGAAGAACCGUCAGCUGAUGCAGAUGGCAUGGAAUUACAUGAAUGAUGCAUUACGAACUGAUGUUUUUAUGAGGUUUCCUCCGGAGACUAUUGCUUGUGCAUGUAUAUACUUGACUGCACGUAAAAUUGGAUUGCCUCUACCGAAUAAUCCACACUGGUUUUUAUUAUUUAAAGUUUCCGAAGAAGAUAUCAAGGAAGUGUGUGUGAGAAUAUUACAACUUUAUAAAAGACCAAAAGUUAAUCCUGAAGAGUUAGACAGUAAAGUGGAUAAGUUACGUAAAGUAUACCAAGCCAACAAGAUAGCUCAGAAUCAGAAAGAUCAAGAAUUAGCUAAAGCAAAUGAAAAGAAAGCCGAGUCACCCGCAGCAUCUACAUCGAAAGACACUCGGCGAGAUUUAAAGAAGGAAAAAUCUCCAAAAACUCCACCGCUUUCUUCUAAAUAUCAUAGUAGUAGCCAUAAAUCAAAGAAGGAGAGGCGGUCACGAUCACCUUAUGAUAGAAAACGAGAAUAUUCAAGCAAACGGCACAAGAGUCGUUCAAGAGACCGUGAUUUAGAUCGUUCAAGGGAGCGACGAUCUGACGACAAACGUGGUCGUGGUUCUUCUAGAAAAUAUGAUGACUAUGAUCGUUCAAAGUCUAGUAGAGACAGUAGGGAUGAUAAAAGGAAACAUUAAUUAAACAGAUGUAAUUUUACUAUGUAAUAAAUGACACAUAAAUGUGCC